GAUCCGCUGCUGCUCCGCGGCGGGCGGACCUGCAGGCGGCGGCGGUGGCGGCAGCGGCGGCUCGGCCGAGAGAAGAUGGCGGACGGUGUGGACCACAUAGACAUUUACGCGGAUGUGGGCGAAGAGUUCAACCAGGAAGCGGAAUAUGGUGGGCAUGAUCAGAUAGAUUUGUAUGAUGAUGUCAUCUCCCCAUCUGCAAAUAAUGGAGAUGCUCCAGAAGACCGGGAUUACAUGGAUACUCUACCGCCAACUGUUGGUGAUGAUGUGGGCAAAGGAGCAGCACCAAAUGUUGUCUAUACGUAUACUGGAAAGAGAAUUGCAUUAUAUAUUGGAAAUCUAACUUGGUGGACAACAGAUGAAGACUUAACUGAAGCAGUUCAUUCUUUGGGAGUAAAUGAUAUUUUGGAGAUAAAAUUUUUUGAAAAUCGGGCAAAUGGCCAGUCAAAGGGAUUUGCACUUGUUGGUGUUGGAUCUGAAGCAUCUUCAAAAAAGUUAAUGGAUCUGUUGCCUAAAAGAGAACUUCAUGGCCAGAAUCCUGUUGUAACUCCAUGCAAUAAACAGUUCCUGAGUCAAUUUGAAAUGCAGUCCAGGAAAACUACACAAUCAGGACAAAUGUCUGGGGAAGGUAAAGCUGGUCCUCCAGGAGGCAGUUCACGUGCAGCAUUCCCACAAGGUGGUAGAGGACGGGGCCGUUUUCCAGGGGCUGUUCCCGGUGGGGACAGAUUUCCUGGGCCAGCAGGACCAGGAGGGCCACCCCCACCUUUUCCAGGAAAUUUGAUCAAGCAUCUUGUUAAAGGAACUCGGCCUUUGUUCCUGGAAACUAGGAUUCCAUGGCAUAUGGGGCACAGCAUAGAGGAUUUACCCAUUUUUGGCCUAAAAGCUGGACAGACUCCACCACGUCCACCAUUAGGUCCCCCAGGCCCACCUGGCCCACCAGGUCCUCCACCUCCUGGUCAGGUUCUGCCACCUCCUCUAGCUGGGCCUCCUAAUCGAGGAGAUCGCCCUCCACCACCAGUUCUUUUUCCUGGACAGCCUUUUGGGCAGCCUCCAUUGGGUCCACUUCCUCCGGGACCUCCACCUCCAGUUCCAGGUUAUGGCCCUCCUCCUGGCCCACCACCUCCACAGCAGGGACCGCCGCCACCUCCAGGCCCCUUUCCACCUCGCCCACCUGGUCCGCUUGGGCCACCCCUUACACUUGCUCCUCCUCCACAUCUUCCGGGACCACCUCCAGGUGCCCCACCGCCAGCUCCACAUGUGAAUCCAGCUUUCUUUCCUCCACCAACUAACAGCGGCAUGCCUACAUCAGAUAGUCGAGGUCCACCACCAACAGACCCAUAUGGCCGCGCUCCACCAUAUGAUAGGGGUGACUAUGGCCCCCCUGGGAGGGAAAUGGAUACUGCGAGAACACCAUUGAGUGAAGCAGAGUUUGAAGAAAUCAUGAAUAGAAAUAGGGCAAUCUCAAGCAGUGCUAUUUCAAGAGCUGUAUCUGAUGCCAGUGCUGGUGAUUAUGGGAGUGCUAUUGAGACAUUGGUAACUGCAAUUUCUUUAAUUAAACAAUCCAAAGUAUCUGCUGAUGACCGUUGCAAAGUUCUUAUUAGCUCUUUGCAAGAUUGCCUUCAUGGAAUUGAAUCCAAGUCAUAUGGUUCUGGAUCGAGAAGACGUGAACGAUCAAGAGAGAGGGACCAUAGUAGAUCACGAGAAAAGAGUCGGCGACAUAAAUCCCGUAGUAGAGAUCGCCAUGAUGAUUAUUAUAGAGAGAGAAGCAGAGAGAGAGAGAGACACCGUGACCGAGACCGAGACCGUGACCGAGAGCGUGACCGAGAGCGAGAGUAUCGUCAUCGUUAGAAGUAUAUACCUACAUUUUAAAUGGUCCAAGUACUUGUUCUGAAUUUAAUCGUCUGGAAACAUCUGAGACAAAUAACAGGUAAGUGAUCACAGGUAAAAAUUUUGACCUUUUAUCCUUCAAUAUUGUAUUGCUGAGUUAUCGGUGUUAGGUUUCAGAUUGUUAAUGGUCUUAAAGCAAAAAAAAUAAUCAAGAGGACUCAUUAUGCACUUCUAAAAUCUACAAAUUGGGGUUUUUGUAAUCACAUACAUAGUUGACAUGUGAUUUAAAGUACUUACAGGGAGUUACUGCCGAUACAAAUAAUGUGCUUGGAUUUUUAAAAAUAUGGUUUUUUAUUGCCCUCAGCUAAUCUAAUUUGUCCCUAAAACUUCUAAAGACAAACACUGUAAUAGUUUAUAAAUACAAUAGAAAAUUUUCUCAACUUUGAAAGAAGUUUUUUCUUUUAAAAAAAUUAUUUUAAGAGAAGGGACUGUUUUCCUGGCAUCUAGUUUUUGAUUUUAAAAGAAGUAUUAGCCUUUAAUUUCCAAAGGAAAUGUAAGUUACUAAAUUAAAAUGGGUUCAGGUUACAUAUUUCACAUUUUUAAACUGUAUCAAGCCAUACAUCCCCCAUUAGAAUAACCUUGAAAUAAUUUUCUUUGAUGUUUCAUUCAUAAACCAUAAUCAUUGUCUUCUUUCUGUACUUUACAACUAUUUCUUGUGUACAUUUUUCAUAAAGUGGGGAGAGUUGUCUGUUUAUACUUCAUUUUCACAUGUAAUUUUAUUUUUAUAUUUGUGAACAGCAUAUUCAUGUGAAGUGGGGAACUGAAUUUUGUGCGUGUGACACAGAGGUUACUCUGUAAGCAAAAGUAUUAUUUCUUAUGUUGGCAUAUCCAAAUUGAAUUAGGCUUAAAACAGACCCCUUGUAGGUAAAUACUCUGUGUGAUUUUUAGUAAUCAUGGGAGACUUAGUGAAAAUUCAGUCAUGGUAAUUGUUAGUAUUUAAAUUGUGAUGGGCAAAAUCAAAGGCUUUAUCAAGUGUAUGUAACUGACAGAAUAACAGUUUCUUUUAACUGUAACAGAUAAAUAUUAGCAAAUGAGAUCCAUUUUGAAAAAUACUUGUAGAAAAUAAGCAUGUAAAUCUUUUAUGAAACAAAUAGCUGUUACACUAUUUACAAUUUUAAAGACUUUUUGAACUGAGAAAGCCCAUUCUAAUACUUUUCCUUGUAUUUUGAGUAUAUAGCUUGAAUAUGUAUCAAGAUUUUUAUGCAGUUCACCAUGUAUUGUAUGAAAAAUUUAGUAUGUCUCAAAACAUUUCAAUAUGAGACAAAGCAUUUUCUUCUUUUAAAACUAAUCUUACUGAAAUUGGUGAUUGCUUUUGGAUGUAAAAAUUGAGUGUUGUAUCAUGUAAAUCUAAGCACUAAAUUUUACUGAUGUAGCUUUUUUAAAGAUGUAGCUUUUUAACCCUGAAUUGAAUACAUCUUAUCCCAUCUUUUGAAAAAAUUCUUAAUGUUCAGCAGUUGCUUACGGUGGAUUGAGGCCAAGUUAUUACUUGAAAUGCUUACCUCUGUAGCCAUUCUAUUUAUAGGAAGGUUACAGGAUCUGUAAGUUAUUUUUCUAGACUUUUAUAAGUUGUCAAGCUUUAGUUACUAAAGAGAUGAUUCUGAAAUUUGAAUAGUUUUAGUCAUCUCCAAAAUUGAUGUACCAUGUACCCAUCAAGGGACCUCCAAAUCAGUUUAUACUGGAGAUUAACUAAUGACUUUUCUUACUGGUUUUAGUAAAACUAGCAUAGUCAACCAAGUAAAUUCCUUCUGAAAAGUCCAUUGUUAAUUUUAAAUAGCUCUAAUAUACAUUCCAGUAUAAGUGAACCUAAUAUAUCAUGACUUGAGUUUCAUUACAUUCAGGCAUUAACUAUGAAUUCUUCAUGUGAAAACUAUUGUUGACAUUUUUCUUAGUCACUGAUGUAUCAUACCCAAAUUCCCAUGUUUUGUUUGUACAUUAAUCAGAAUUGAGUUGUGAUAUUGUUAUAUGCCUUCAUCCAAGCAAAAUUUUACAUAAGUCUUUCCAAUACAAAAAAAAAUUGUUAUCUUGGAUUAUUGUAUCUUUGCUAUAUCAAACAGUAUUUAUUAUGGAAGUAGACAUGAAUAUAGGAGUGGGGAUUGGAAUUAAAUAUAUUGAAGUGAAAAUCUUUUUUUAAACAAAAAACUAUUUGCAAAUUUUGUUACCAUCAUAAUAAGGUCUGUUGUUGACCUCUUUAGAAGUUUUUAAAUAUGAGUCCUUUUGAGCUUUCAUGUAAAUCUUAAAUGGAAUAAGUGACUUGAAAGGUAAAGUGAAUGUCAGUAGUAAGUUUGUACAUAAAUAAAUGAUAAUGUGAUCUAUUAUUAAAAUGGUGAUGAAUGACUAAACGGACAAACUUAAUUUAACUGGAAAUUUAAUGAUGUUGACAAACUGUUAAAUGUCUGUCCCAUCUUAAUUUUUUUUUGUGUUUGAACUGUUGGAUAAUGUUAAUUACAUUCUCAUUUAAAAAUGUAUUAGUUUUCCCCAAAACAUUCAAUAUCUAAGUUCAAAUAGAUUAUAUUUUAAUGAGAAAAUACCAGUAUUGUAAAUUUCCUUAUGUAAAUACAUUGUGCUUCAUAUUCUGUAUUUUUUGCCCCUAUUCUGAGACCACUCUGAGCAAAAUAAGUGAUUCUAAUUUGUACACAUCUUACAGAAAUAAUUUUACCUUCAUAGUUGAGUUAUUUUAAGGUUGUGUUCCUCUUACUACCUGUCAGAACAGUCCUACUCAGCAAAUUUCUGUGAACAGUUUGUUCUUUAAUGCUGAAGAGUAAUGAAAACAAAAUAUUUAAAAAAUACUCCUUACACUCAGGCUUUCUGUUUUCCCAUUUUAUGAGGUUUUACAUAUUCUCAAAUCAUUACACAUUUAUCAAUAAAAGUUUUGUGUAUGAGGGAUCUGGAUUAAGUAACCGUAUUUCCUUGACUGAUUACUUCUACAAAUAUGCUGUUAGAUUUUAUUACUGCACAGGAUGUUUUAUAUUGCUUCCUGAGCUUAUUAUAGUUUUGUGUUAAUUUGGGCAAAAACCAAAAAUGCUGCAAGAGUAAAAAGUUCAUUACUAAUAUGUUAAAAGAUAUUACAUGUCCUUAGGAAUUAGUGUUUUAUUGAGACUUUCAUGAAAAUUAAAUUGUCUUGAUUUCCUUGUGAAAGAUGACUGUUAUAAGAUUUAAAAAUUAUUUUUGCAACUCUUAGAUCAUCUGAUCAUCUACCUCAUAUUUCCCAGUUACCUGUUUCCUUGUGUUUACCCAUAUAUCCUAACUAUUCUGUUAGAGCUCUUAAUUACUUUAGUUCUAAUUUCUUUGCUUUCAGUAUUAUUUGCAAAACCUGUCUGGCUAUACAGCUGUCUGCUUGCAGUGACAAAAAGAGGGUAGGAAGUGAUCACAUGAAUGGAUGAUGUGUUUUGCUCACUGUGGUUGAAGAAUAUUAAUUUU